AUGUGUGAGGCUGCUUUAGGGAAUGGCAAUGAGAUACAUGUCUACUUUGAGGACUGCAUCUCAAUUCCCGAGUUUGCUUCACCUCAACAUGACAGUGAAGAGGAUAACGUCAUUAAUUCAGCAUAUAAUGAGGACCAUGAAGAGGUUGAUGAUGGGGUCAAUUCACAUGAAGACAAUGCACAAGGUGAUGAUGGGGUCAAAGAAAAUGAAGACCAUGCACAAGUUGCUGAUGGCUUGAAUUUAGGUGAUGAUGGGAUUAAUUCGGACCAUGAUGAAGAAAGUGCAGAGGAUGCUGGUAAUGGGUCUGAAGAUGAUAAUGCAGAUGAUGACCAUGCUUCCUCACACUCAGAUUCAUAUGAGAGUGCAGAGGAUGAGGUAUACAAGCCUCCCCCACUUGGUGUUGAGGAUCAUUCAGAAGAUGAUGAUGAACACAAUGUGCCUUUGGCAGAGAAAAAAAGGCCUGCAAAACAGACCCAAGGAAGAAGGCAGUCAAGAAGGAUGCACCAAUUCAAGACUCUGAAUCUGAAGAAGUUGAUGAAGAGGAAGACAUAA